CGUCAGAAGCGCGCUAGUAGCUUCACUUCGCGAGUAACGGAAGCGGCCUAGCUUGCUGCGCCAAGCUCAACUUUUUAUCAUUCCUUCCUUACCUGCUUUUGGCUUCUCACUUCGGGGAGGCCACGGUCUCUGGUUCAGCCGCUUCGGGCUGCGCCUGUCACUUUGCCGCCAUGAAACUCGUGCGAUUUCUUAUGAAACUUAGUCAUGAAACUGUGACCAUUGAACUGAAAAACGGGACCCAGGUACAUGGAACCAUUACAGGAGUGGAUGUCAGUAUGAAUACCCAUCUUAAAGCUGUAAAAAUGACUUUGAAGAACAGAGAACCUGUCCAGUUGGAGACAUUGAGCAUUCGAGGCAAUAAUAUCAGAUACUUUAUUCUGCCAGACAGUUUGCCCCUUGAUACUCUGCUGGUGGAUGUUGAACCAAAAGUCAAAUCCAAGAAAAGGGAGGCAGGACGUGGUAGAGGACGUGGAAGAGGAAGAGGACGUGGAAGAGGAAGAGGGGGUCCAAGACGAUAAUUUCUUUAUAACUGCUAUAAAAAAAGAACCAUGCAGCUAUGAAAAAAACCCCAUACAACUUUUGUACAGGUUUUGUUUUGUGUCAGUUUUUAAUAAACACAUGUGGAAAAUGUGUCAA